AUGUCGACGGCGGGCGGGCGCGAGGAGGGGGAGCCGGAGCCGCCGGCGGCGGCGUCGUGGAGGCUGCGCAUGGGCAGCAGCGACACCAUGCGCGCCCCGGACCGGCGGCCACCUUUCUUCUCCAGGCUCUUCGGCGCCGCCUGCCCGUCGGACGGUGCGGGGAAACAAAGGAAAAUCGCAAAGUACUACGAGAAGCAGGAGAGUCUCCUGAAGGAUUUCAGCGAGAUGGAGAGCAUGAAUGAGCUCGGCUGCUUGGAUCAGAACAGUGCUCCUACCGAGGAAGAGCUGCGGCAAUUGGCCAAGGGCGAAAAGCUGGCGAUCAACCUGUCGAACAUCAUCAACCUGGUCCUGUUCGUCGGGAAAGUCGUCGCUUCAUUCGAGACGAGGUCGAUGGCGGUGAUCGCGUCGACGCUGGACUCGCUGCUGGACCUCCUGUCAGGGUUCAUCCUCUGGUUCACGGCGCACGCCAUGAAGAAGCCCAACAAGUACAGCUACCCGAUCGGCAAGAGGCGCAUGCAGCCAGUGGGCAUCGUGGUUUUCGCGUCGGUGAUGGGGUGCCUGGGGUUCCAGGUGCUGAUCGAGUCGGGGCGGGAGCUGGUGACGCAGGAGCACACCACAUUCGACACCUGGAAGGAGAUGUGGAUGGUGGGCAGCAUGUCGUCGGUGGCCGUCGUCAAGUUCUUCCUCAUGCUCUACUGCCGGACCUUCAAGAACGAGAUCGUCCGGGCGUACGCGCAGGACCACUUCUUCGACGUCAUCACCAACUCCGUCGGCCUCGUCAGCGCCCUCCUCGCCGUCAAGUUCAAGUGGUGGAUGGAUCCCGUCGGAGCCAUACUGAUCGCGCUGUACACGAUCACGACGUGGGCGCGGACGGUGCUGGAGAACGUGGGCACGCUCAUCGGGAGGUCGGCGCCGGCGGAGUACCUGACCAAGCUCACCUACCUGAUAUGGAACCACCACGAGGAGAUCCGGCACAUCGACACCGUGAGGGCAUACACCUUCGGGACGCACUACUUCGUGGAGGUGGACGUGGUGCUCCCCGGCGACAUGCCGCUCAGCCAGGCGCACGACAUCGGGGAGGCGUUGCAGGAGAAGCUGGAGCAGCUGCCGGAGGUGGAGCGCGCCUUCGUCCACGUCGACUUCGAGUUCACGCACCGCCCGGAGCACAAGGCCGACGUCUGA